CAAGUUGACUGGGACUUGCACAAAUACUUCAAGUAACGAGACCGAUCAGAUCUAAGGUCUCCAUUACAAAAUGAGCAGACUGCUCUUUUGGUAAUGGAGACCAUGCUCAGCAUUCCUAUUCGAGCUUGCUGAGACGGUGACAGUGAGGAUCAUAGAGUUUGCUGCUCGUACAUCUCGGAUCUGCACGUUGGAUACCGCAAAGAGCGAUCGUUGCUAUCCUUCUCACUUUUGAAUCUGCCGCCUUCGAAGCACCAACCAAUUCUCCAGUCGAAGACUUUCACUCAAGAUGAACCUCCGCGCCUUCCUCGUCGCAGCCAUCGCUUCGUUCGCCGCCGUCAACGCUAAAGUCAGUCGCGUUAACCACGACAAAGUGCAGCCGUUCGCCCAGCUGCAGCCGAUCACUGACUCACAGAAGUCUGCUGUCAAGUACAAACCACAGCUCCACAUCUCGUAUGGAUGCCACCCGUACCCUGCCGUUCAAGCCAAUGGCUCGGCUAGUGGCGGUCUGGAGUGGUCUGGACCUGUUGAUGGAGACUGCACGGGUUCGCCGUUGGGCUCGCAAGUGUACUCUCGUUCGGCCUGGUACAAGGAGAAGUGGGCUAUCAUGUACGCUUGGUACUUCCCUAAAGGCCGCUACGGUAUAACAGGCCAUCGUCACUAUUGGGAGUACGCGAUCGUAUGGACAGACAGCGCCACCUCGACCAACUCGUCCAUCCAGGGCGUGUCAAUGUCCGCGGGUGUUGGUCACGCGAAGGCUACUCCCCCGAUGCUCAAGUACGUUGACGGGUCGAGUAUCAAACUCGACUCGUAUUUCAGUUUUAUGGGCAACAAGGCGGCGUUGCAGCUCACGAAGGAGCAUGGUGAGACCCAGGACCUCAUCACUUGGGACCAGUUGACAGUCGCUGCUCGCGAUACACUGAACAGCGACGCACUUGACGGCAACGUGUGGCUCACGAACAAGGACGAAGUGCCAUUCAAGGACGACAUCUUCAUGCAAAGACUGAAGAACGCCUUCCCUUUUUAGUUAGUGGAACGUCAAGGACAAUGAAUAAUACAGCAGUGAACCCUGUUCGUACAAGUGAGUGCACUUCUUAGUAUGCUGUUAUACGGGUGUGCCGAAGAUACUUUAAUUGUUUGUGAAGUGGAUGGACUCUUAACUGGUUCUGCUACAUAUCAAGGAUAAAAUUUAAUCAGUUUAAUAAGUGUUUUCUUAAACAAAGAAAAUGUAGAUGGAGUAAUUCACUGC